UAAACCACUCCACCUCACCUCACACUUACCAGGGGAUUUGGCCCACACCCCGAAGAUGGUCCCCACCACGCUUUUCGAAUGGGAUCGUAACAUUUUCCUUCUCCGUCGACCUUUCCAUUUUCUACCGAUCGCAGCCGCCAUGUCUUCCCGAGACAAGAAGCCCUCGAAGCCCUCGACCAGUCGCGGCAUCCGUACGCUUUCUGAUCUGAACCGUUCUUCUGGUCCCGGCUCCGAUGAUGGCGACUCCGAUGGCCCUCAGGAGUACUACACUGGUGGCGAGAAGAGUGGCAUGCUCGUUCAAGAUCCUUCUAAAGGUGACGAUGUUGAUGCAAUAUUCAAUCAAGCUAGGCAUUUGGGAGCUGUUGAAAGACCUGUUGAAAGUCUUCAUCCAUCUUCAAGCUCAAGAAGUUUUACUGGAACAGGACGGCUCCUUUCUGGGGAAACAGUGCAAACUGCUCCUCAACCGCCUGAGGCUAUUGUUCACAAUAUAGUUUUUUGGACCAAUGGAUUCAGUAUAAAUGAUGGCCCUUUGAGGAGGUUUGAUGAUCCAGAAAAUGCAUCUUUCUUGAAGAGUAUCAGGAACUCCGAGUGUCCAGAAGAGCUUGAGCCAGCAGAUAGGAGUUCUGCUGUUCAUGUUAAUCUGAUCCGGAAAGAGGAAAAUUUCCCUGAACCACAAAAGCAACAUGUUCCAUUUCAAGGUGUGGGAAGAACAUUAGGUGGUAACGCCACAUCUGCAGCACCACCUGGGCCAUCGCCUCCCCUCAACUCUGCUCCACCCCCAUCCAUGGGCCUUGUUGUGGAUGAAAAUUUGCCAUCAACUUCGAUUCAGCUUAGGCUAGCUGAUGGCACACGUAUGGUUGCACGAUUUAACUAUCACCAUACCAUCAGUGAUAUUCUUGCCUUCAUUGAAGCAUCAAGGCCUGGAGGGGCAGGAACUUAUCAGUUGCAGACAGUGGGGUUCCCUCCCAAGCAACUAACUGAUAUGACUCAGACAGUAGAGCAGGCAGGGCUUGCUAACUCAGUGAUUAUCCAAAAAUUAUAAAGGUUUGCCAAGUUCUGAUCAGAUUUAUGACUUUUAAGACGGAACCAGUUUUAUCUCAUUUGAUGAGAUAGGGUUAUGUAAGGAAGAGUACUUGUGGUUAGCCGAAAGUCUCCCCAGCCCAAUAUAUCUUUCAAGGAUCAAUGUACCUCAUGACUGAUGUUACAGUAAGUGAAAUUUUAUUAAAUACUUCAAAAUUGACUACUCUUUGUUAAAUGAACGAUUAGACUCUUGAGAAUUCCAUAUGGACCAAAUAAGAGUAGCUAUUCCUCAUCUAGAGUUGAGAGAGUAAUAAUGUGAUGUGUUUUGUUACCCUA